AUGGCUUUCAGAUAUGCACAUAAUUUCUUCUUUAUGCACAUGAGGACUUUUAGGAUCGUGCACCUCCGGGGUGCCCUUCUUGCCAAUUCUGUGGGACGAGGGCAGUUUAAUGCUUAUUUUGAAUGGUGUGAUGAAUCCCAAGCAAGGAAUCAAAAAAGUACCCAAGAAAAGUUAAAAACUCAGCUUACUGCACGGAAAAAAUUCAAAAAAGAACCCCAUCCCUCUUUAAUAAACGAGACUCCCCUCAGCCCAUCCAGGACGUGCCUAAAACUGGCUGCCCCAGAAAAAAUUCACCCUUCUUCUGAGGAACCAAUCGAACUGUUCACAGAAGAUCGACAAUGGCCAGAUGCUCCUGCUCCUACUCCUAUCCCUCCUCCCUAUGAUCUAAGUGAUCAGGGUGACUCCCCUUGGGAAAAGUCCCCAACCACAAACUCCACAGACAGCCUUGAAAAUGAAGAAAUCCUUCAGGACCUUUCCUCAUCUUCCUCGGGUUCUGACAGAUUGACCCCUUCCCCGACCCUUUCCAGUGAAGCCUCAUCACAUUCAACUUUGUCGUCAAAGUUGGUGGACGCCCUUGGGGCUAUAACAACAACAGGGGAACUGUUAAUAACCAAAUGGCAACUUGAGGCAAGCAAAGAAGGUGUAGAAUGGGAGGAAGAGGAUAUAAAUUGGGAAAAAGUGUCUCCAGACUCCCCGCUGUGGCGAUUGUCAGGUACCAUCGCCGAAAUAAUGCAGCUUAUGACAUCAUCAGAAUAUAAAUCCAUUCUAGAAAAUCCCAUUCCCAGUUGUAAUCUUGCUGCCCUUCACACUCGCGGUAAUGCUUUACUGCGUAAGACAGCACAUAUAAAACCCCUGCCAUGGACCGUUAAUAAUUUCUCUCUUCACCAAUUGCCAGGCCAAGGAGGGUUAGUAACAGUUCAGGCCCCCUGGCCACCUAGUGAUCUUUAUAACCUCGUUAAAGAGUUUCCAGAAAUCAGGGAAAAUCCCGAUAAAUUCCAAGAACAAUUAAGAAUAAUAAUUAACUGUUACAACCCCUCGUAUGCUGCUAUGCACCAACUCUUAUCAGCUAUAGUACCCAAGGAAAUUCUUACCAGCCUCUAUGCAAGGGCAAAUUGGCCGGUUGACCCUGAUCAAAUGUCUGAGGCCGAUUUGGUCCAAAAAAGAAAUGACCUAAUUACUGAAGUUCUCAAUGUAUGCCCAAGGAAAACGGAUUGGGCCAAAAUAAAUGCCUGUAAGCAAAGUGAGGGAGAAAAUCCGGCUAACUAUAUGGAACGUAUAAAGCAAGUGUUUGGAAGGUAUUCGGGGAUUGAAAAUGCAGAGCAAAAAGCCACGCAAGCGGUAGUGACGGCCUUUGUACAAGGACUCUUGCCAAAGUUACCGUCUGCUAUUGUUGUAGUCAAAUGUGCAGCCCAUAAAAAACCCCAUGACGAUGUUACUCGAGGAAAUGCACUGGCGGACUCCUCCGCCAAGCAAGCGGCCCUUUCCGGGUCUCCGGCUCCUACUGAAAUAUUUACUCUUUUUGCUGCCCGAAAGACUACUUCGCUACGUCUCCUGUCGACAGGAAAACCAAAAGCCAAAACAACCACCCCACCCUACCCAAUGUGCGGGAUAGCAGUUAAAGAAAAGGGAAAAAUCACUCCCCGUUCCACUCCGUGUGACGAACAAAACCUUGCUGCCGAACAAAGAAAGAAAGUAAGAAGGUCUCGAGAAGUCUCCACUGCUAAACCCAAAACUCUUACGAUAGAGGACGUUAAAAAUUGGCCAUGGUAUAAAAGACGUUACGUGAUGUGGGUCAAGUAUACCAACGUUGCAAAGGAAAAAAUGUUCACUUUUUGCUGGAUCCUACUAUUGUUUAUCAAAGGAGCAGAGGUUAGAGAGUUUAAUCUGACAGAGUGUCUUCAUAAAGAACCUGAAAGGAUUUAUCAUGCAAUUACUGAUGAAGAGUUUAUCUUGGAAUGUGUUUUGCCAUCCCAACACCGUACCCACAUGUACAACAACUCAUUUCUCUAUAAAAAUAAAGUGCUGUGGUUCUGGCAACAAAAAGAUGGAGAACCACUGAAGAUUAUCAGCAGUGAAAGCACUAACCCCACUCAGGAAGGGAAUGCACUUUGGUUUAGACCGAUAGGGAUUAAUGCUUCUGGAGUAUAUAUCUGUACGAUAAGGGAAGAAAUCUCAUGUCUCUCAAACGUCAUAAAGGUUCAAGCGAAGAACAAUACAAAUUGUUUGGAUAAUGGCAGAAAUGAGCUGUCUCUUCUCAUUGAAAAGGGACAUUCAAUUUCUUGUCCUGGGAUACACUGUUACAAUCAUUUACAAAGGUCGCCAGUGACAUGGUACAAGAAUGGAAUUCUAGUAAUGUUUAAGGAGAUUAGACCAAGUCUAAAACUUAAGGAUGAUAAAAUCAACUUGUUUCGUACCUAUGAGCAAGAUGCUGGUAUUUAUGUAUGUGAUUACAUUUUAUUUGACAACAGCAUUCAGUGGACAAUGAGACGAGUAGUUAGAGUAAAAAUCAUUGCACAAAACACUCUCCACAGCCCAAACAUCUUGUCUCCCAGUGGCAUGAAGACCCUUGAAGUAGAAGUUGGAAAACCUCUUAAAAUUGAAUGCAAAGUAUUUUUUGGCUUUGAAAGCGAUUUUUUGCCCAUGAUAACUUGGUACAGAGACAACAAAGAAAGUAAAAGUGAGCCACUUUUGCAGAACACAACACGGAUUCGUGUAGAAGAACUUGAAGGCAAAUCAUUUGUUCAUGUUGCCACACUCAGGGAAGUUACUGAAAGGGACCUGAACAGCAACUUCAUCUGCUUUGCUCAGAAUUCUGUGGGGAACUCGACAGGAGUGCUCAAGCUGAAAAGGAAGGAAAGAGCACUUUUCAUAUUCAUAUUAUAUGGUGCGAUUGCAGUUCUAGUUGGACUCCUGGUGGGCAGUGCUUUUGUUUACCAGCAUUGGAUCGAAAUAGUGCUGAUGUAUAGAAAUUACUUGGCCAAGGACGAAACUAUAGGGGAUCACAAAGAAUUUGAUGCAUUUGUGUCCUAUGCAAAACAAGACUCCUUUGAAAGGGAUUCCACUUUUCUUAAUGAGGAACAGUUUGCCCUGGAGGUCCUUCCAGAGGUGUUGGAAAACAAAUACGGAUACAAACUGUGUCUUCUUGAAAGGGACAUUCUUCCAGGAGGAGCGUACACUGAUGAUAUUGUCACAGCUAUUCAACAAAGCAGGAGAGCUAUAAUUAUCUUGAGUCCUGGCUAUGUCAAUGGACCCAGCAUCUUUGAACUGCAGGCAGCAGUGAACUGUGCUUUAGAAGAUAACAUGCUAAAACUGAUUUUAAUUAAGUAUAAGUCGUUCCAAGAGCCAGCAUCUUUACCUGCAAUAGUGAAGAAAGCUCUUAAAAUUUUACCAGUGGUUACCUGGAAAUCUUCUAACUCUAACUCACCAAACAAACAAUUCUGGAAAUAUAUGCGAUAUCAUAUGCCAGUGAAAAAUAUCGGGGGGCUAGAGAAAAACAGUCUAAAGUUUUUUUUCCAUAGGUUAUUUAGCAUGGUUAUCAAUAGCAGAAAGGCCACUGGGAGAAGUCAGCAGACUAAGAAAUAGUGAGGUGAUUGUAGAGGAACUUCCUGUAUCUGCUACCACCUGACCACAAAUUUAAGAGCAUCUCAUUGAUAGCUCACUCUAACAUAAAGUGAAAAAAACCCAACCUCCUGUAGUGUGACAACCCUAAAGUCUUCAGUAGAAGCAAGCGGGACUGGAUGCAGCUGUGAUAUGAUGUCUUUCUUUUAUUAUUUUAUUUAAUAUUUAUUAUUUUCAGCAAAGUUGUAGCCAGAGACCCCAGUCAGAAUUUGGGCCCCAUUGCAGCAGAUGGUGUAUAAACCUAAGACAAUAGAGCGAUUACAGUCCAACUGUGUAAUUAAGAAUAAUAGUAAUAGUAUCAUAAUUCUAUUUCUAACUAAUACGCACCGUGUACACAGGCUUUCCUGUGUGAAAGGAAUUAAAAGCAUAAAGAAAUACGGAUGGGAUUUUCAUUUUUAUUUGCCUAGUUCUGCUGUCAUUAAGCCAUUGGUAAAACUCCGAUGGAUUUCAGUGGGAACAGAGAUAAGCCAAGUUUGAGCAUUUUUGAAACUCCAAUCCGACUCUUUUUUGUUUGUGUUCUUUUGCCCUGGUGCUGAUAAUAACGAUACCCCAGUUUGAAUGUCU